AUGGCAACAGACGAAUUGUUAGCAAAACUAAUACGUAAAUUACAAGACCCUGUACCUCAAUAUGUUUUAGGUUGCCUUCCUGCUGUAGCAACUAUAGGAGCAGCACCUAAAAAAAGCUUUAUAACCAAGCUAUUUUGGGUAGCACGAUGUCUUGGUUGUCCAUUUAUAGGCUUGUUUUACACCUGUAAUGUAAAGAUUGACGAAACAACAAUAUACUGGCUCAAGAAAAGUUGUUUUAUGGAGGUAUAUGAAAACGUCGAGGAACAAAUUGUGGCAGAAAAAGAAAUUCCUCACAGACCUUUCGGACAUCAUGCUAUGAUGGUAAUCCACAAAAACUCCACCCACUCAAAUCCUACCGUGCAAAGAAGAUUGACUGCACGCGCAGCAUCAAAUAAUGACGUGCUAGAAAGAUUGAAUGAAUGCGUAGCAGGUGCAUCUGUGUUGGAACGAUUAUCAUCAUUGGCGUCAGCAUACUACAUAUUUGUCGGUAUAAUUGCAGGAAUAACAAGGGCGAUAGCACCGCGUGCUUGUGAGGAUUGGCCAUUUAUACCAUUAGUAUUAUCUUGGACAUUGCCUGCAAUCUACAGGAGAAUAGCUCAUGGGAAACUGGUAGUCAAGGAUCCUAAGGAGUGUUUAAGAGACGACAUAAUAUAUGUGGAAAGAUUAGCUACAGGCGAUGAAGAACACCAUACUCGCGUUUUACUCACUUUUUUAGCAUCAACAACAGUUCCCUGGAUAACAAUACUCUUGGCUUACUUCACACCUCCAAUUGGAUAUUUUUGUCGGAGCAAAUAUCUUACAGUAAUUUGUUCUGUUUGGUCAUUCAACAAUAUUCUUGCAUACAUACACCACUGGAUAGGAGAAAAAUCUGAUCGUUUUGAUACAAUAAUUAGCGUUUGGUUUAACAUUUGUGGUGUUUUUAUAGCAGUUGCUUUGUUUUUUCUAGCCUUGCUAACCAAUGAAAAUAAAUGGUGGGUAGAUUUGUUUGGAGCAUCUUGUGAUAUUUUGGAAAAAUGCCCAAUUCCAUAUUAA